CAUGAUUUUUUUUUCUUCAUAUUUUGAGUGCAGAAAGUAACUUGUGGAAAAUGGAUCUCGAGGGGAAUCGUUGGACGCCGAAGAAAACUCCAAAACAAGGAUUCCGGUUCCUUAGGUCACUUCUUGCCAGAAUUAUUCCUCUGGAAGCGACUCAUCGUUCGGAUCGUAUUCGUGUGCGGCUCAGUUACUUAUACGUAUUUUUUGCGUGGAACGCUCUCGGUUUAUUGGUCUACGCCAAUAUGAAACGAAAAGACGAACUUGGUUCCAACUGGAAGAAGUACUAUACUAUUGCCCCAGGGAAAGAUGAAGCUGAGGGUUCUGCCAACACGCCACCACCUGGUGUCCAGUGGGCGAAUGUGUUGGAAUUACCUGGCAAUGUGCAUUAUUAUCGCAUGAAAGGGUCCUCAAUUGCUGAGGAGUUCACCAUGUCUGAAGAAGAACGAAAAAAGUUGUUUUCAGAGAGCUCCAAAGAUCAGAAAAGUCCUGCCGGCGAAUGAUUGAAUGAAUUGCAGUUUGCGUAGAAAAUCUUGCAAUUUUCGGCGAAAUGCGUAGAGUUUUUUUUUUUCAAGGUGCAUCAUCCGAUGACGUUUUACGAAGCGAUGAAGGUGACGCCUGAUGUGUUCUUCUCCAGUCGCGGUGAAGAAAGUUUUUCGCUUGGAAUCGUGACGAGACUUGAGCGAAUGGUGUGAUAUUGAAUCCUCUUUGAAAGACAAGUCACUUGAAAUGCAGUGUUGUUGAGUCCUCA